CACAUGCAACGCCAGAAAUGUAAAUAGCUUUGUUGAAUAUUACACACGAAACCAUAGCCUUGUUCCCAGUGAAGGGUCUGUUGACACUAUAAGCUAUUCAGUGCCUAGCCGAGUUGGACAAAGAGGUCGUGAAAUUGUGUCAACCAUGAGUAGUAAAGAUCCAAAUCAUAUUAAGAGACCCAUGAACGCGUUUAUGGUUUGGUCGAAAGAGAGAAGAAGAAAAAUGGCUCAGGAGAAUCCUAAAAUGCAUAAUUCUGAAAUCAGCAAAAUUUUGGGAGUCCGGUGGAAAGCUAUGGGGGACGACGAUAAAGCGCCAUUUAUCGAGGAGGCAAAACGUUUACAACAGGAACAUAGCCAAAAACAUCCCGAUUACAAGUACAAGCCCAGGAGGCGAAAACAGAAGCAGUUGAUGAAGAAACCAACGUAUUCCUUUCCGUACACGGGUGCAGAAAACGCUGUUCACCCUUCCACAAUGAAGCUUUCAGCGUACCCGCCUACGAUGGCGCCAGAAUCUAUGCACUAUCCGCAGUAUUUUCAAAUGCCUCCUCAACAUGCCUCGUACUCGAUGUAUGAUAUGGCUGCCGUACACGCUCAAAGGCAAACGCACGCUUUUCCAACGCCACCCAGCCAUGCUAACAGUGUUCAUACAGAACUUUCUUACCAAGGACGUCCGGGCGAAAUGUUGGUAUCUCCAACCGCGGGACCGCACGGUCAUGUUAGCCAUCUUUAUAGCAGUGCCAUGGAGCCAGGUCCAACGACGAGCGCCGUUUCUGCUUUUAGCACGGCCGCACAGAAUCUUCACGUUCAACAAGUGACAGAUACAGGCUCUCCUUACCCGCAAAUAUACACUCAACGGCAUGUAUAGCUUUGACUGCUUUGUGUAUUUAACGGUGCAAAGACAGCUUAUCUUUCCAAUUUAUGUGUCACAAAGAAUUUCUACUCAACACUUGACAUUCAAUUAUUAGCUGAGUUUAUAUUUACUUUUUUUGUGAAAAACCAUUGUAAACACUAUGACUCUAUAGGAUUAUAAAGAUAUGCUUUUGAUCAAUCCGUGAUCUCUUAGCUUAGUUUAGUUUCGGGCGCGAAUCUUCAUGGAGUUUAUUGAUUAGUGAAAACCACAGGCACAGAAAAAGAUAACAAAUUGAAUAAAAUCUCUGACCGCUCCAAUUCAAUUUGGGCAGAAAAUUAUUUUGAUCACUUAUUUUCUUAUCUAAAUGAUUUGCUGUUUGCACACUUCUAGCAGCUAAACGGCAUUAAUCGAGAGAGUAGUUCUUUGUUUGAUUUAUUUAUUCAAGGAUUUCGCACUUCACGCCGUCAAGAUGGCGGAUAAAUGUUGCCGCCGUUUUUCGUUGUCGAAUAGGUUUCUAAUACACUUAUCAUUUUUUAUUGCCCGUAUUUUGUACGCGGCGGUUAAUCGUGCAAGAGUGAAAAUUGGAUUUUGUUUAUGACCAUACACACAAAACACUCUCGACUGUUAUCGCACUAAUAAAGUAUGAAUAUUCUGUUAAACUUUCUGCGUCAAUUGUUUGCGAAAGAUUUAAUGUUAGUUACCCG